UUCCAAUUUUUAGUUCAACGCAAAUACAAUAUUUUUCAAGAUGCCUCGAAAAGGAAUGAGAAGCUUGUGCUUUUCCCCCAAACAUUCGUCUUCCCCCACAUUCUCUACGGCGUCUCCGUCGCGGUUCGGCUUCUCGCCGUCGCGGCCGAGUUUCUCCGACUCGGUGAUGGACCGGACGCUGGAGCUGGCCGACCCGAUCAUCAUGAAAUGGAACCCCGAAACCACUACCCUCGCCCGCGUCACCUCUCUCUUCUACGAGAAUCGCCGCGAGGCCAAGGAUUUCAUCAAAACCGUCAACAAUUUGCAGAAGGCCAUGCAUUUCCUCGUCAUGGAGAAUUCCAGCUCCGACAAAUUGGUCCGCGCUCAGCAUUUGAUGCAGAUCGCUAUGAAGCGCCUGCAGAAGGAGUUCUACCAGAUUCUCUCCAUGAACCGGGCUCACCUCGACCCCGAGUCCGUCUCCACUAGGUCCUCGCGCACCUCCCUCGCCUCCACCUCUUCCUACAACGACGACGACGAUGAUGACGACGCCGCAGCGGCCGAUGACUCCAUUUCUGAGGUCGAAGAUGCUUCCAUGGCGGUCAUGGCAGAUUUGAGAUUGAUCGCCGAAUGCAUGAUCUCGUCCGGCUACGGCAAGGAGUGCUUGAAAAUUUACAAAAUUAUUCGGAAAUCCAUCGUCGACGAAGGCAUCUACAAGCUCGGCGUCGAGAAAUUGAGUUCGUCGCAGAUUCAUAAAAUGGAUUGGGAGGUUCUCGAUCUAAGGAUUAAGAAGUGGCUGAGCGCGGUGCGCACCGCCGUGCAGACACUCUUCAACGGCGAGAGAGUUCUCUGCGAUGAGGUCUUCGCCGCCUCGGAUUCCAUCAGAGAAUCGUGCUUCACCGAGAUCGCCAAGGAAGGCGCCAUGCUCCUAUUCUCAUUUCCGGAAAACGUGGCGAAGCACAGCAAAAAAUCGCCGGAGAAAGUCUUCCGAGUGCUCGACAUGUACACCGCAAUCGCCAACCACUGGCCGGAAAUCGAUUCGAUCUUCUCGUUCGAAUCGACCGCAGCCAUCAAAUCGCAGGCGCUGACGUCGCUCGUCAAACUCGGGGAGUUCGUCCGCGCCGCACUGGACGAGUUCGAGUCGGCGAUCCAGAAGGACUCCUCGAAAUCUCCGGUCGCCGGCGCCGGAACUCACUUCCUGACGAUGGAGGCGAUGGAUUACCUCUCGAACCUCGCCGAUUACAGCAACGUCCUAGCCGACAUCGUAGCCGAUUCGCCGCCUUCGGCGAAGAAAAAUCUGCCGGAAACCUACUUCGGCUUCUCCGACACCGAGGAGUCGCCGGCGCCGGCGAUAUCUUUGAAAAUGGCGUGGCUGAUCCUAGUGCUUCUCUGCAAGCUCGACACCAAAGCGAAGUACUACAAAGACGUCUCGCUAGCGUACCUAUUCCUCGCCAACAACCUCCAAUACGUCGUCGUAAAGGUGCAGACCUCCAAUCUCAAAUAUCUCCUCGGCGACGAAUGGCUAAGCAAGCACGAAGGAAAGGUGAAGCAGUUCGCGGCAAAUUAUGAACGGCUGGGAUGGGGCCACGUCAUCGACUCGCUCCCGACGGCCGCCGUAGCUCCGGAGAAGAUCGCCGAGAUCUUCAAGAAGUUCAAUUCGGCGUUCGAUCAGGCGCACAGGAAACAGGCGCACUGCGUCGUACUCGAUCAGAAACUCCGCGAUCACAUAAAAGUCUCGAUCGCGAGAAAGAUAGUGAGGUUGUAUCGUGAGUUUUACAACGCGAACCGCGAGAAAAUGGCGGGGGAGAGAAAUUCGGCGGCGGUGGUCAGAUAUGCCCCUGAGGAUGUCGGGCAUCAUCUGUCGGAUUUAUUCUUUGGGCACGUUGGGUCAGGGAGUUCGUCGUCAUUUGAGUCGUCGCCUGCUGAUUCUCGGCGCCCGAGAUCUCGUUGAGAGAAGAGAAAUUGGAUUUUAUAGAUAAUUAUUUUGUCAAGUAUUAGCCGUAGAGAUGAAUACAUACCUCUCGGCCAUUAAAAUAUGUAUACGAGUAUAUAGACAUUGAUAUUUGUGUUGAUAAAUGAAGCUCAAAUAUUUUUGAA